AUGUUUGGAGAUCUUGAGACUGGUCCUGGUUCUGUACUGGUUCCUGGUUCUGGUCUGUUCCUGGUUCUUGGUUCUGGUUCUGGUUCCUGGUUCUGGCUGGCUCCUGGUUUCCUGGCUCCUGGUUCCUGGUUCCUGGUUCCUGGCUCCUGGUUCCUGGUUCCUGGUUCCUGGUUCCUGGCUCCUGGCUCCUGGUUCCUGAUGACGCUGCUGCUGCUGCUCCUGCUGUUGGAGUCUGCGUCUGGAGACGCCGGGAGAGGCUGGGAGACGCUGGGAGAUGCUGGAAGAGAUAGGGAGGAGAGAUAUUUCUUCGUCAACCCAUCUUAUCCUUUAGCACUGACUUUCCUGCUGUUCAUGCCGCUGUCAAUUGCCCUGCCAACACUGGCUCCUGUAAAUGGUCGGUCCUUCGGGAUCCUGAAGGAUCCUGAGGUGAGGGCCGAGGAUCUCUACUGGGAUCCUGCCUAUAUAGGAUCCUUGAGCAGACUGUCUACCUACUUUGAUCAUCUGGAGCUGCCGGUGCUGUCGUGUCAGGAGCGACUGAUUUGUGAGCUGACAGCUGAUCCUGACACUUUCUUCCCCAUCAGUCAGAUCUUCAUGAAGGAAAUCAGGCUGACGAAAGGACCAGUCAAUACGACUACUGACUGCCUGAUGUUUCGCUAUGUGUCCGCAGCUGGUGCUGGGCUCAUUUCGCCCCGGGAGAAAUGUGCUAGCACCUACCCCAGGUGUCAGCUCCCUGCUGUCCGUGUCAUCAACAUGGCUGUUCUUAGACUCUGGCAGUUCUUGUCAGCAAAAUUUAAUAUACAUCUUGCGUAGAAGGAGUGAUGUGUUAUAUAAAUUGUUUGUAUAGUUUGUUAGGUUUCAAGUCUAUCUACUACACGAGGGUCAUUAAGGCUGGUUGGUUGGUUAAUGGGGUUUAAAGUCUAUCUACUACACGAGGGUCAUUAAGGCUGGUUGGUUGGUUAAUGGGGUUUAAAGUCUAUCUACUACACGAGGGUCAUUAAGGCUGGUUGGUUGGUUAAUGGAGUUUAAAGUCUAUCUACUACACGAGGGUCAUUAAGGCUGGUUGGUUGGUUAAUGGGGUUUAAAGUCUAUCUACUACACGAGGGUCAUUAAGGCUGAUUGGUUAGUUAAUGGGGUUUAAAGUCUAUCUACUACACGAGGGUCAUUAAGGCUGGUUGGUUGGUUAAUGGGGUUUAUAGUCUUUCUACUACACGAGG